CGCAGUGUGUCACCUGGGAGGACUGCUUUCUUUCUCUCGGAAGCGAGACACUGUUAAGAAUGGAAGAGGACACGGAUGGUGGAAUCAGGCCUAGUUCCUUAUGUUUCGUUAAUGAUCAUGUUGGAUUUCAAGGCACUAUAAAAACCUCCCCAAGUGACUUCAUCGUUACUGAGAUCGACGAACAGGGGCAAUUAGUCAGUAAGGCCAUUGAUGAAUCCGUUUAUGAAAUUAGUAAAACACAAUCCGAGCCAAGUCAUUUUGUCAAAAAGCCAAAGCUAAAUAUUCAUGAUGGAUCCUCCGACCAUGAAGGUAACGAAGACGACGCUACUAACUUGCCUGGGCACUCGGACGGGGACCAGAGUCAUCCAUCUGGCUCGGAUAAAGAAGACGGUGUCAGUGGUGUGACUUCCAAAUGUGAGAAAGAGAAUGUUGACUUACUAAGUUCACUUUUAGGUGAAAAAACUCAUACAUUGCUGGAGCAGUUUGCCCGUGACAUCAAAGGGAUGUGGGAUUCAAAAACCGAGUUAAUUGAACCCUCUCGGGAAUUCUCACUAGGUAGGGUCCCUGACAAAAGCCAAAGGGCUGUUUUACACAGUGCCGUCAGGCAGACAUUUCCUUUUUUAAUAACCGUAGGGAAAAACAGUGAAGUCUUUGUAAAACCAAACCUCGAGUAUAAAGAGCUCUGCCAUUUGGUGUCUGAAGAAGAAGCACUUGGUUUUUUCAAAUAUUUGGAUGCAAAGAAAGAAAAUUCCAAGUUUACCUUUAAACCGGAUACAAACAAAGGUCACAGGAAAGCCGUGCACCACUUCCUCAACAAGAAGUUUGGAACCCUUGUGGAAACCAAAUCUUUCCCUGAGCAGAACCCCAGUGCUGGGAAUCCAAACACAGCCAUCACCGUGAGGUUCCGGGAGAAAGCUCGGACACAUGGAAAGAGAGCUCGUCUUGAGUGGGAGGGAAGAAAAGCUGUAUAUACAGCUUUUACCCUACAAAAGGAAAACCUGGAGAUGUUUGAAGCAAUUGGUUUUUUAGCCGUCAAACUUGGUGUUAUUCCUUCAGAUUUUAGUUACGCGGGCCUCAAAGACAAGAAAGCAAUCACCUAUCAAUCGAUGGUUGUUAAAAAAGUGACUCCAGAGAGGUUGAAAAAUAUUGAAAAAGAAAUUAAAAAGAAGAGAAUGAAUGUAUUUAAUAUUCGGUCUGUAGGUGAUCCUCUCAGACUUGGUCAGCUCAAAGGAAAUCACUUUGAAAUUGUCAUCAGGAAUCUAAACAAUCGAAUAAAUGACUCUGCAAGCCUGACUGAGAGGAUUGUGGAGGCAAUAGAAAAUGUUAAGAAUAAAGGUUUUGUGAAUUACUAUGGACCACAGAGAUUUGGAAAAGGAAGGAAGAUUCAAACAGACCAAAUUGGAUUGGCUUUACUGAAGAAUGAAAUGGUGAAGGCCAUAAAGUUAUUUCUUACACCAGAAGACGGGGAUGAUCCUGUAAAUAAAGCGAAGAGAUACUUUCUUCAAACUGAGGAUGCCCAAGGCACACUUUCACUAAUGCCUGAGUUCCGAGUUCGAGAGCGGGCUCUGCUGGAGUCCUUGCAUCGCUUUGGCAUGACGGAGGAAGGCUGUAUCCAGGCCUGGCUCUCUUUCCCUCACUCCAUGCGCAUAUUCUACGCCCACGCAUACAGCAGCAGGAUUUGGAAUGAGGCGGCAUCAUACAGACUUGCAGCCUAUGGAACCAAAGUGGUGGCCGGGGACCUGAUCUGCUUGGAUGAAGAUGCCGACGAGCAUUUCUCAAGCAGUCAAGUUCAUCUGGUGACCGAAGAAGAGGCGUCAGCUAACACAUACGCAGUACACCAGGUGCUUCUGCCAGUACUUGGAUACAACGCUCAGUACCCAGAGAACAAAGUGGGCCAGUGGUACCGUGGGGUCCUCAGCAGGGACGGACUACAGGCCUGUAGGUUUAGAGUGCCUGCCCUGAAGCUGAAUGUACCAGGAUGCUACAGGCGCAUCUUGAAACAUCCCCACAAUGUGUCAUACCAACUAGUCCAUCCUGGCUCCGAUGUUAACGUGGAAGGUUCCCACGACAAUGAUGGGACCUCAUCACUGUCCAUCUCCUUUGACCUUGACGCUUCGUGUUAUGCUACUGUUUGUCUGAGGGAAAUGAUGAAGGGUGAUGUUUAAACCAGCACCUGUGGUGUAGGAGUGUGUUUGCCAUUCUGAAGAAAGGGUAGCUGCCAUUUCUAGGGCCUCUGCCUUGAGCUUCAUGAUGACUGUCUUCUUCAAGUUUUACAGUAUCCUAAGAGGUUGGAAUGUGAUGAAUUCAAGUGUCAGUGUCUCAGUUUAAACUUUUCUACUAAAGUCCUGUGUUCACUUACAACAGUUGAGGAAGUGAAGGUCUAAGGCAGUGGUUCUCAACCUGUGGGUUGUGACCCCUUUGGUAACC